UAGCAUACAUACAGUUCAGUGUUUUGUUCACACUGCUGCUCUUCACCCCUAGCUCUCUUCAAUUACAAGUUACAACACAGACACAUGGCGAAACGUUUCAAUCUCCGAUUCUCCCGAGUCAUCACCUCCUUCCAUUCCUGCCGUUCGAAAGAUCCCUCCUCUCUCCCCUCAAAUCCUGUCCCUUCAUUCCUCCGUCCACCCCCCUUAGCCACGGCCCCGACACCACCUCUACCGUCCAAAACCCACCACCACUCCUCAUCCAUCAAACGCCACGUGUUAUUUUGCGGCUGUAGACCCAGACCAACGCUCUCCGACGACGACCACACCAAAUCAUCGCCCGAUCUUCAUAAGUUCGAGUGGGACCGAGAGGACAAGUGGCACGUUGUCGCAAAAGUCUACGACAUCACCCCCCGACGCAAAAUCUACACUUCCUCCGCCUCGCCCGAAUCCGACGCAAACGACGGCACUUCACCUCCUCCCUCCUCCGCCAUAGAGAAGGAACAAAAGAGGAAAACGCGACGAGUCAACAGAAAGAAGAAAAGAACGACGAGUCGCAUCCGGAUCAGCGCGUCCUCGUUCGAAACCGGACUUUUCAGCAGCGAAGGCGGCGGCUUCGACGAUGGCGAAGAAACCGAAACCCUAGUCUCCACCAGAUCAUCCUCCAGAAGCUUCUCCACCGACUCUUCUCCGCCGCCAAGGCGAAGAAAAAAGAAGCGGAGCAGCAGCGCCGCCAGACACAGCUUUUCGAGGAAGUCUGCGGCAGGGGAGAGCGAAGCUGUGCCGGCAAGGCUGUCGAUGUUUCAGAGGCUGAUACCGUGCAGGGUGGAGGGAAAAGUGAGGGAAAGCUUCGCGGUGGUGAAGAAGUCAGAGGAUCCUUACGAGGAUUUUAAGAGGUCGAUGAUGGAGAUGGUUUUGGAGAAGCAGAUGUUUGAGGAGAGGGAGCUGGAGCAACUGCUGCAUUGCUUUUUGUCGUUGAAUUCGAGAGAGCAUCAUAGGGUUAUUGUUGAAGCUUUCACAGAGAUUUGGGAGGGUUUGUUCUGUUGUAGUGCAAGAUCCUCAGGAGCUAGGGUUUCUAGGGCUCUUUGAAAUAUGAUUAACUAGUGUUUUAACUUUUAAUCAAUGAAAUGGAAAAUAAAAUUGCUCUC